UGGAAGCAGGAACACAAUUCGUAUGUGUAAGUGAGAACGUUCAGAACGUUGAAAGAGAACCGUGCAGCCAAGCAGAGUACGACUGGGUACAAAGUGGCGGUACACGGGGCAAAAGAAAAGCCAGUAGUGCGCCGUGGACCACCGCACUGGCAUACCGUGGUUCAUUACGAUACUCUUUGUACCAUCAUUUUUCUCGAUCAAACAUUUUCUGGCACAAACGGAAUUACAAUCGUUUACAGUCAAUUGCUAGUGCAAGUGCUAAGUGAAGCAAUAUUCAAAUACAUCAUACAAAAUAUUAUAUAUAGCUAUUAACGACUAAUGAUAAUCGGUUUUAUUAAAUUAUUUAUUUAUCAAUCAAUUUCGUGAUACUUUGAUUUUUUAUUCUGUUUUUUUUUUUUUUUUUCAUUUUUUGUUUAAUUUAAAUAUUUUUCAUUAUUGUUUUAAUUUUAAAUUUUAUUCACAAUAUCAUUCACACUACUGCAGCUGUCAGUCCAAGUUUAGUCUUCCAAAGUCACGUGUUGGAUUGUUCAGGAUACUUAUAGUGGUGAUAUUAUCAUCCAAUUACAUUUUAUGGUUCAUUAUUUUAUAUAAAAAAAAAAAAUCGAAAAACUAUCAUUGAAUUAUAAUUUCUGAGAAAACCAGCAAAACUUCCAUAUAGUUAGGAGAUAGUUCUAGUUAUUGUCGAUUUUAAAAGAAUAAAAUAAAAAUUUUCUUAUUCAAGAUAUUUAAAAAAAUUGACUUAAAUAAAAUUCAAAAUAGCUUCUCCAUUCACCGGCCGCUAAUAACUUUCACGACAUUGCGGCCGGCAAUUUAUUAUACCCGCCAGUAUUUAUGACUUUUAUCAUGUCAUUUUAAAUUGUGAUCCAAGUAAAAUGUGUUGCAAAUAAUAAAAAAAAAAAUCAUACUGAUGAAAAUUUAGAUUUAAAAAAAAUAUAUAUAAAAAUAAAAAUCUAAGCUAGUACACUGGCUAAUUUAUAAGUGGAUUUUAAAGUGCAAGUGUACUCUCAACACAGUGAUAAUGAACUCGUAUUUCGAACAGAGCGCGGGUGGCUUUUAUGGAAGCCAUCACCAUCAAGCUGGAGCACCAGGUCAACAUCAUGAUCCAACAAGCGCAGUGGCAUACAGAAGCUUUCCUCUUGGCCUUGGUAUGUCACCAUAUGCCUCGAGCCAACACCAUCAUCAUACAUCCAGUGGCUUAGGCAUACAUCCUGGAAGUGGUACAAAUACAAGACCACCACAAGAUUCACCAUACGAUGCAAGUGUUGCAACUGCCUGUAAAUUAUAUUCAUCAACUCCUGAAGCAACUGGCCAUACAACUUCAUCAUAUUCAAGUACAGCAAGUAAAGAUUGCAAACAACAAGAACAAGCAACAGCGGCUGCUGUUGCACAUCAAAAUGGAUAUGCUGCUGUUAUGGCAGCAGCUGCAGUCAAAGACGUUUGGCAAUCAGCAACAUCAGGUACAAAUGGUCAAAGUAAUACAGUUGUACGUCCAUCAGCAUGUACGCCAGAAGGUACAAGAGUUGGAAGUUAUGGUGGUCUUGUAGGUGGUGAUCCAGCAUCAAGUCCUGGUAAUAAUGGCUCCUCAAGGUCUCUUACAUCUUCGUGGAACACCUGCAAUCUCAACUCUACCACUAGCCAACCGGUCGCCACUCAACUACACCAACAACCUAGUGGCAACCAUACCUUCUACCCCUGGAUGGCCAUAGCAGGUAAGGACGAUAUCGCUAAGCCGCAUUGGACAUGGUUGCAAGGUGCAAAUGGAUUGCGCAGACGUGGCCGUCAAACUUAUACCCGCUAUCAGACACUUGAGUUGGAAAAAGAAUUUCACACAAAUCACUACCUCACGAGGCGAAGGCGAAUUGAAAUGGCACAUGCACUUUGUCUUACAGAAAGACAAAUAAAAAUAUGGUUUCAAAAUCGUAGAAUGAAAUUGAAAAAAGAAAUACAAGCAAUUAAAGAACUAAAUGAACAAGAAAAACAAGCACAAGCACAAAAAGCCGCUGCGGCAGCAGCAGCAGUGGUACAUCAACAAGGAGGUGGCGGGGGUCCGGAUGGGGGUAACUAGGGGUACGCCCUGCACCGGAGCACCCCUGAUCAUCGAAACGCAAAUCCACAUCAUUCUCUGCUAGCACCCCAAUGUACACAGCUAUAUUAAGGUGAGUGGUGGGCUGCUCCAACCCUUUCUGUUAUGCCAAAUAGGUGUCGAUGUGCUGCUCUGAUCCGUCGUUAGUCAAUUUUAUCGGUUGUGGCGAAUCGGAUGCUGCAUCCGGUGAGUGACCGAAUUUCCUCUUCGGAGUCUCCCGUAGUGAACUUGACACAUAAUUUCACAUUGUAAAACAAAUAAAUGUUGACAAGAAUUCACCUAGAGUACACAUCUGUAUAUUGUCAACAAUCAUCAUUACCAGUAGGUUCAUGAUAGUUUUAGCCCCUAAUUAUUACUUAAAUAUUAUAAUUAUAAUUAUUAUUUUUUUAUUCGUUACCUGUUUUUUAUAUUAUUUUCAUUUAAAAUAGUGUAUCGUCGGCAUCCGUAUAUAAAAAAUAAUAAUAGAAAUAAUAAUAGAAAUUUAAUUAAUGCGAAUACAAGAAAAAAAAAAUGAAAAUUAAGAGAGAAAUUGUAUUUUUCGAUCGCAAAUAUUUUUAUUAUUUGCCUGAUAAUCGGGACCGUGCAAAAAAAAAGAAAAUAAAUAAAAAAAAAAA